GCCGGCUCUCCGUAUAUAAAUCAGCCAUUUGCUCUGCUCCGCCCCAAAGCCCCGGAGUCAAAGCCGGUUUGUGUCCCAUUGCUGCUGUCGCCUGCCUUCUUUUUUUUCAACAUGACAGAUGCCGCUGUGUCCUUCGCGAAGGACUUCCUGGCAGGUGGAGUGGCUGCGGCCAUCUCCAAGACCGCGGUAGCGCCCAUCGAACGGGUCAAGCUCCUGCUGCAGGUGCAGCAUGCCAGCAAGCAAAUCACUGCAGAUAAGCAGUACAAGGGCAUUAUCGACUGUGUGGUCCGUAUCCCCAAGGAGCAGGGAGUCCUGUCCUUCUGGCGUGGUAACCUGGUCAAUGUCAUCCGAUACUUCCCCACCCAGGCUCUCAACUUUGCCUUCAAAGAUAAAUAUAAGGAGAUCUUCCUGGGUGGUGUGGACAAGCGGACCCAGUUUUGGCGCUACUUUGCAGGGAAUCUGGCAUCAGGUGGUGCUGCUGGGGCCACAUCCUUGUGCUUUGUAUACCCUCUUGAUUUUGCUCGUACCCGUCUAGCAGCUGACGUGGGUAAAGCUGGUGCCGAAAGGGAAUUCAAAGGCCUCGGUGACUGCCUGGCUAAGAUCUACAAAUCUGAUGGGAUUAAGGGCCUGUACCAAGGAUUUAAUGUGUCUGUGCAGGGUAUUAUCAUCUACCGAGCUACCUACUUCGGUGUCUAUGACACUGCAAAGGGAAUGCUUCCAGAUCCCAGGAAUACUCACAUCAUCAUCAGCUGGAUGAUAGCUCAGACCGUCACGUCCGUGGCUGGGUUGACUUCCUACCCAUUUGACACUGUUCGUCGCCGCAUGAUGAUGCAGUCAGGGCGCAAAGGAACUGAUAUCAUGUACACAGGCACACUUGACUGCUGGAGGAAGAUUGCUCGUGAUGAAGGCGGCAAAGCUUUUUUCAAGGGCGCAUGGUCCAAUGUGCUCAGAGGCAUGGGUGGUGCUUUUGUGCUUGUCUUGUAUGAUGAAAUCAAGAAGUUCACAUAAGUUUAUUUCCUACUUUGUUUACCCCUGUGAACAGGCAUAUUGUGUUAUAUAUAACAUAUCUUGAACAUUCUUGACAGACUGUUGGCUGUCUAUCAACAGCAACUAUCUGCUGGUUGGAAAUGGGAAGCAAUAAUAUUCAUCUGACCAGUUUUCUCUUAAAGUCAUUUCUGUGUUGAUGACGAUGGGACUCAGUUCUGUUUUUUAUUUCAGUCACUCCUGAUAAAUAAAAAGUUUGAAGAAAUAAAAA